CACUUGACGUUGAGCGGUCUCUCUCAAACUACUACUGAAUACGGGAAUCCAGUCCAGUUGUCGUUUGAGCGACUGUGAUUUCUUUCUGCGAAUCUGGAUUUUUAAGGACUUGCCGCAAGGCGAGAUUCAAAAAGAAGAAUGGAGGCAUGUACUUGGCAAGGGGCAUUGGGAUGAAAUGAGUGGGCGAAAACCGUAAAAAAAAAGGAAAAGAGCAAGAGAGCGCGAGAACGUACGACCUAUCGAGAGGUCUGUCAGGGAGAGGCGGUUCAGCAUUUCACUCGGAGCAGGAGCGACAUUCGCAAGUACCUAGCAAGAUUUGCGCCGAGCAGAUGAGAGCGAAAACAUCGUUUUUAUUUUUGUGUGGAUUAUUAUUCAAUUUCCCAACCGACGACAACUAGCGAACAAGAAGAAUUCUGCUGGCUGUAGCAGACCUUAUUUCAAAACAGAGGUCGCUGACCGCUGCCUGCCCCUCCUCCAACCCCGAUCCCCCUUCACUGUCCAAAAUGCACGGUGUCCUAGCCACGCCCACUUCCUGUGUGUAGAGGGAGUCCCCUGCUAGCGCCCGCCCCCGGCUGCCAUGUCGUCCCACGGGCAGCCGCUGUCCCAGGGCCGCAGCCGAGGCGUCGACCCGCGCCACCUGACCACCUCCGCCCCCAUGUCUCUGCAGCUGCAACGCUCACACACGGAUGUGGGACUGGUUGACUACCACCCUCACUCACGGGAUUACCCAGCACACCUGGCCCUGUCCCAGCCACACCGCCGCAGACCCUCCCUGCUGUCUGAGUUCCAGCCUGGUAAUGAAAGGGGUCAAGAGGUGCACAUCCGCUAUGACCACAUCUACAUGCCCGAGGCCAACAGCCAAUCAGACGUGGAGUACGCUGAGAUGAAACGCCCCCGUCUGGAGAUGGGGACGGAGUCUUUGAUGCGCCACUCCUCCCACCGCCCACCCCUGCCUAUGGGUGGGGCUGAGGAUGUGUCAAAGGAUCGGAGCAGCUCGAUGGGGAAACUGGAGCCCAUCUCCCCACCAAGCCCGGCCCAGAUGGAGCCGGACCUGGACCUGGUGCCGGCGCGCUACUCCAAGGAGGAGCUCAUUCAGAACAUGGACCGUGUGGACCGGGAGAUCACCAUGGUGGAGCAGCAGAUCUGCAAACUGCGCAAGAAACAGCAACAGCUGGAGGAGGAGGCGGCCAAGCCUCAGGAGCCCGAGCGCUCCAUCUCACCCCCGCCCAGCGAGGCCAAACACCGCAGCCUGGUCCAGAUCAUCUAUGAUGAGAACAGGCAGGCCAAACACCGCAGCCUGGUCCAGAUCAUCUAUGAUGAGAACAGGAAAAAAGCAGAGGAGGCUCACAGGAUUUUGGAGGGCCUUGGACCCAGAGUGGAGUUGCCUCUCUACAACCAGCCCUCUGAUACUAAGCAGUACCAUGAGAACAUCAAAAUAAAUCAGGCGAUGAGGAAGAAGCUCAUUCUCUAUUUCAAGAGAAGAAAUCAUGCUCGAAAGCAGUGGGAGCAGAAGUUCUGCCAGCGCUAUGACCAGCUGAUGGAGGCCUGGGAGAAGAAGGUGGACCGCAUCGAGAGCAACCCGCGGAGGCGCGCCAAGGAGGGCAAGGUCCGCGAGUACUACGAGAAACAGUUCCCCGAGAUCCGCAAGCAGAGGGAGAUGCAGGAGCGCAUGCAGAGUCGCGUCGGUCAGCGCGGGGGAGGCCUUGCAUCAGCGGCACGAAGUGAACACGAGGUCUCCGAGAUCAUCGAUGGCAUCUCUGAGCAGGAGAACUCUGAGAAGCAGAUGCGACAGCUAGCGGUGAUUCCUCCCAUGCUGUUUGAUGCUGAGCAGCAGCGCAUCAAGUUCAUUAACAUGAACGGCCUGAUGGACGACCCCAUGAAGGUCUACAAAGACCGGCAGGUCAUGAACAUGUGGAGCGAGCAGGAGAAGGACACUUUCCGUGAGAAGUUCAUUCAGCACCCAAAGAACUUUGGUCUGAUCGCCUCUUUCCUGGAGAGAAAGACGGUGGCCGAGUGUGUGCUCUUCUACUACCUGACCAAGAAGAACGAGAACUACAAAAACAUUGUCCGCAGGAAUUACCGCCGCCGAGGCCGAAGUCAGCACACUCAGCAACAGCAGCAGCAGGUAAACCGGAACAACCAGGAAGAGAAAGAGGAGAAGGAAAAAGAGAAGGACGCAGAGCGGGAAGAAGAAAAGAACGAGGCCGAAGACAAGGAGGAUGGCAUGAAGGACGACACCUCUGGAGAGGACGGGGAGGAUAAGGAGCCCCCGGCAGUGAAGGGCCGACGCACAGCCAACAGCCGCGGCCAUCGCAAGGGCCGCAUCACUCGCUCUAUGGCCAAUGAGCAGGAGGAGACCAGCACUCCUCCACUCAGCAGCGACCUAGCCAAUCUGGAGAUGAAUGAAAGCUCACGCUGGACUGAAGAGGAAAUGGACACCGCCAAAAAAGGUCUGCUGCAGUAUGGACGGAACUGGUCGGCCAUUGCUAAAAUGGUGGGCUCCAAAACGGUGUCGCAAUGUAAGAAUUUCUACUUCAACUACAAGAAGAGGCAGAAACUGGACGAGAUUCUGCAGCAGCAUAAAAUGAAAUCGGAGCGCGAGCGCAAGGCCCGGCGUAAAGGCAAAGCCCAGAGUGAGGAGGCCAGCGCUCCCUCGGCAGCCGAGGAUGAGGAGGGCUCAGGGGCCAGCGGCAAUGAGGAGGAGGCCGCCGAAGACGGAGAAGGUGGAGCGAACAACAGUUCAGACACGGAGUCUCUCCCGUCCCCGCGCUCCUCGGAGGACAGCAAGCAGCCCAAGGAGGAGGCUGCCUCCUCCUCCGCCUCCUCCACCUCCUCGUCCUCGCGUGCCAAAGCGAUGAGCAAGGACGACAAGGACGCCAUGGACACGGGCGCCAGCGGUGAGGAAGGGAAGUCUUCGCUGGUCUCCCGCGGCGAUGGCGAUGUGAAGCAGGAGGUAAAGAUGGAGGGAGAGGGCGCCAGCCUGAUCGGUGGCGGCGGAAGCGGAGGCGGUCCGUCGGCAGCGGCGGCGGCUGCUAUGGGCAGCACGUCCGGCGGCGACAGUAAGCCCCCACAGCUCGAGCCGCAGGAGCUCAAGGGCCACGGCAAGGCCAAGCGCGAGCCCAAGGGCAGCGGUUGUCACGGCGACAGCGACUCCAGCGCCACCUGCAGCGCAGACGAGGUGGAGGAGACGGAGAACAGCGACAAGAACCCCAGAAUAACUUCUCCCAGGCCUAGUCUGCUGAGUUAUGGCGUGAUCUCCUCUACGCUACAGAAGCCCAUGGACCUCAAGACGCUGAAACAGCGAGCAGCUGCCAUUCCCACCAUGAUGUCUGAUCUGUCCAUGCCUGGUAUGGGCCGUGGGGGUUUGAUGCCCAAGCAGGCAUCGGUGCCUCCUCAUGCCCUGGCCCUCUACCAGCAGCAGAUCACCAUGGCACACGAGUCCUCCCAGGAGGCCAACCAGCACGCUGCGGCCGUUGCUGCGGCAACAGCAGCAGCCAACGCCGCCGCCGCAGCCGGACAGCAAAUGAAACAGUCCCACUACCAGCAAGUGGGCGGAGACCGCAGUGGCAGUCCCCGCCUCCGAGGCCGCAGCCCCACCCUGUCUGAGCGGGAGAAGGAUGAAUUGGAGGGGAACGAGAGAUGGCUGCAGAUUCUACUUCAUGGAUUACAUAAGUCGCGUGCCUUCUCUCCCCAUGCGGAGGGGAAGCGUGCCCCAGGCCCCGAGGAGCUGAGGGGCGCGGCAGCUAUGGGUCGCCCAAUGCUCUCGCCCUACCAGCUGUCCCCCCGAGACGUGGCCAAACUCAGCCACGAACAGCAGCAGCAGCUCCUGCACUACAACUCCUCGCUGGCAGGUCUACAGGACAGUGGGCGGAUGGCUGCGGUCCGGCCUCUACACAUUCCGGACCCCCCUCCUCUCAUCUCCUCCAACAAGUCAGGUGGCUCCAUCACUCAGGGGACCCCAGUGCAGAUGCACAGCCCAGCCCAUGGCUCCGACCAUGGGAAGAUGACGCCCACGUCCAUGGGCCUGUCCUGGAUGGAGCAGAGGAAACUAGGUGGGGCGUUUCCUGUGGUGAAACAGGAGCAGUUGUCUCCUCGCGGUCCCUCCUCCUCCUCUCAGGCUGAGAACCUCUCUCAGGGCGGGGGCCAAGACUCUGUGCGGGGCUCCAUGGCUGCUAUCCACGGGGGCAGCAUUACCAAGGGCAUCCCCGGUACCAGGGUCCACCAGGAGCCCCCCCUCUCCUACCGCGGAGGCUCCAUCACACAGGGCACUCCGGCAGACGUGUUGUAUAAGGGCACCAUCACGCGCCUCAUCACGGAAGAGAGUCCCAAUCGGGGAGAGCGCAGCCGCGAGGAAGCCCCUCCUAAAGGACACGUGCUCUACGAGGGCAUCAGCGGCCACAUCCUCACCUACGACCGCUCUCAGAACCCUAAAGAGGAGAGCAGGGGAGAGCUGCUGGGCUUGAAGCGCACUUAUGACGUCAUGGACGGCGGGAUCUCCCGGGGACUGCCCAUGCGCGACUCCCUGUCCGCUGCUAACUGCGAGGGUCUGAUAGGAAGGGCAAUGCCACAGGAGCGAGACAGCCCUCACCACAUCCGUGGUUCUAUCUCUCAGGGUAUUCCGCGUCACGUGGAGCAAGAUGAGUACCGGCGGGAGGUCAAGAUGAAGCGGGAAAACUCCCCACCACCCCGCGGCUCUGGCUCCGGCAUGCCCCAGGACAUGCAGAAGGGGCGCGGGCACGAGGGGCUGGUGCCCACGGUGAAGGAGGGUGGGCGCUCCAUCCACCUCAUCCCCCGCGAGGAGAUGCGGCCCGGCUCCGUCUCCAAGGAGGGCUCCAUCACACAGGGCACCCCCAUGAAGCAGGAGCCUAUGAUGGCUGCCAAGCGACACGACGUGCGCUCCAUUAUUGGUGGAGGUGGUGGUGGCGGCGGCGGCAACAGCGGCCAGCGGCCCUCCUACCCCACCAUGCCUCCCCACAUGGACAUGCGGCAAGCGGCGGCUGGCGGUGGGGAGCGGGGUCGCUACGAAGAGCCCCCCAAGGGCCGGCCCAGCGCGGUGGUGAGUACCGCCAGCUCCAUGGCCCGCGCCUCGCCCAUCGAGCAGAGCUCCAAGGCCCACCACAGCCCCCUCGGCGCCUACCAGACAUCCUCCCACCGCGGAUCUCCUCACGCCCCCAGAGACUCUGCUCAGCGCCCACACGAAGGUUCCAGCAAUAAGCCCCAGUCCCAGGAGCGGAAGGCCACCCCCACCCCGCGGGAGAUGAGCUCCACUAAGUCCCCCCAGCCCGGGUUGGCUGAGCACCAGGCUUCCCUGGCAUUUGAGCGGCUGCUGCAGGGCCUGAACCCAGAUGCCUACCGUGGACAGAUGCCCAUAGCCUUUGACCCUAACAGCAUGCCCCGUGGCAUCCCCAUCGAUCCCGCUGCUGCUGCCUACUACCUGCCCCGUCACCUGACCCCAGGACCGGGCUACCCCCACCCCUACCCACCCUUCCUGAUUCGUGGCUACCCGGAGACAGCAGCCCUGGAGAACCGUCACACUCUCUUCACCGACUACAUCACCUCCCAGCAGAUGCACCAGUGGCCAGCCGCCGCUGCCAUGGCAGCCCAGAGGCCAGACCUGCUGCGCACCCUCUCCCCCCGAGACCAGCCCCUCCCCAUGCCCUACUCUCCUGCACCACGGGGUGUCAUGGAUCUAUCUCAGGUGCACUUACCUGUCCUGGUCCCUCCCUCCGCAGGGACGUCCGCCUCCCCCAUGGACCGGAUCACCUACAUCCCUGGAGCCACCGGCUCUUUCCCCAGCAGGCCCUACACCACUUCACCCAUCUCGCCCGUGGGCCAAGCACACAUGAACAAGAUUCCAGGAACGCCGUCGUCCUCCGAACGUGAGCGCGAGAGGGACCGGGAGCGGGAACGCGAGAGGGAACGAGACCAGGAGAGACAGAGGGAUCACGAGAGGAACAGAGAGAGGGAGCGCGAGAGAGACCGGGAGAAGGAGAGGGAACGCGAACGAGAGCGUGACCGGGACAGGGAGAGGGAGAGAGACCGAGAUCGGGACCGGGACCGGGAGAAGUCUGGAUCCAUGGGACACGGAAAUGUGGAACACGCUCCCAUAUGGAGGCCAGGCCAUGAGCAGAGUCCUGUCAGCAGCAGCAGUGGUCGUCAACCAUCCCACCCCUACAGCCACCAGCACUCCCCUGUGUCUCCCCGCACCCAGGACGGUGCUCAGCAGCGGCCCAGUGUCCUCCACAACACCGUGGGCAAGAGCAUGCCUGUGCCCGACCACUCCAACCCCUCUGUACUGAGGCCUCUGCCACAGGGCUCUUCUCGUUACCAGGGCUACGGCAGCCACCUCCAGCGCCAGGGGCUACCUGGUGAUGCCUACCAAGGCGGCAUGGACGCUGGCGGGGGCAAAGACCUGAGCCGCGAGGGUGUUGGCAAAAGCCACCGAGGGGGUGGAGUCCUGCCUAAAAACCCCCAGGACUCUUCAGCUUCCUCUUCGGGCAAGUCUGACCCCAAGCUGGCCAGCCCCGGCCAAGGGGGGGUGUACUCCUCGCCCUACACCCAGGCCUCGCUCCUGGGCCACCAGCAGGGCAGAGGGCACCCCCUCCUGGAUAGUGGAGGUGGCGCGGCAUCAGCUGGGGGCCGCGGUGAUGGCAGCGGCGGCGGCAGCGCACCAAGUAGGGAAAAGACUCAAAGCAAAGCGAUGUCCGUGCAGGAGGAAGAACUGCGGGCACUCGGUAAGACCACCAUGACAGCGGCCAACUUCAUAAACGCGAUUAUCAUGCGUCAAAUUUCUUGUGACACGGGAAUGCCGGAGGCGGGGCCGCUCGGGGCCAACGGCACCUGUGAGGCCCAACAGAAAGCAGUGGCGAUGGAGCAGCACGGCCUCUACCGGCCGCCCUCUGAGGAGCGCCUCUCCCCUGGCCAGCAGCCUCAAUCCCCACUCGUCAAAGGCAGCCAGAGGGUGGUCACCUUGGCCCAGCACAUCAGCGAGGUCAUCACUAAGGACUACACCCGGCAAAGCCAGCAGUCUCAGAUGGGCAGCCAGUCCUCUCUGUUUGGGUACCAACGCUCCCCGGGCCUGGACCUCACCCGCCCCCCCAGUGCCCCCCAGGCCCAGAGCAGCAUCCAGGAGUCCUCGGGAGACAGGCUGAGAGACCGAUCUCCUCCUCAGAGUAAGCAGUCUCCAGUGAGCAUGUCAGCCGAUGGCAUAGAGCCGGUGUCACCACCAGGGGGCGUCUCUGAGGCCGAGUCUCAGGGGGCUUCCUACCCAGAUGACCAGGGGGAGCAAGUAAUGGGCUCUCGUUCUCCGGCCAGUGGUUCCCAGCCUCCAGCCUUCUUCAGCAAACUGACGGAGAGCAACUCCGCCAUCGUCAAGGUGAAGAAGCAAGAGAUGAUCAAGAAGAUCGGCAACGAAAGCGACUUCAAUCCAGCUCAGCCCGGCACAGAGAUCUUCAACAUGCCGGCCUCCACCACUGCUGGUCCUGUGAGUGUGCGUAGUCACCCGGCUCCAGAGACGGGCGGUAACACCAUUGGCCUGGAGGCCAUAAUCCGCAAGGCCCUGAUGGGCAAAUACGACGAACAAGGUGAAGAUCGCCCGCCGACCUCCAUGGGCCCCACCUCCACAACCCCUUCCGGCGCUGAGGGUCACCAGGAGGAGUCCUACUCAGGAGCAGGCAAGCUGAAGUCCAGCGGAGGCGGCCGCUCUAACGGGCGCAAGGCCAAGUCUCCAGGUCCGGGUCUGUCUGGCGGGGAGAGGCCGUCCUCUGUGUCCUCCGUCCACUCAGAGGGAGACUGCAACCGCCGCACGCCCCUCACCAACCGCGUGUGGGAAGACCGGCCCUCCUCUACUGGUCCCACUCCAUUUCCCUACAACCCCCUCACUAUGACGAUGCGUCUGCCCAUGGUUCCUGGCCCUGCCCCUUCCCCCACUCAGACCAAUCAGAGUGGCCAAGGGGCGAGCCAAGGCCGUGCCUGGGAGGAGGAGCCUAAACCCUUGCUGUGCUCUCAGUACGAGACGCUGUCCGACAGCGAGUAAGGGACACACACACACACACACACACACACACACACACACACACACACACACACACACACACACACACACACACCUCUCUCAAUGACCAGAACAAUGCCCCAGACUGUUGAGAAAUUCAUUGCAUCUGUCGCUACCGCUGCCGUUGCAUUAGUCUCACUGACCAAAACACUCAGAUCAAACUCACUCAUAAUGCACAGGAAGAAAUGGGCCCAAGAUGGAACCACACACACACACUCAGACACAAACAGACACAGUUGCCCCACCCAACCCCUGAGCUCCAUUAUAUACCUCACACUCCCUGCUGUGGCCCCCACUGAUGCAAAGGCAGUGAGUGGUUACGUGUGUGUACUUGUGUUGUUUUAAUUUUUUUGUUUGUUUUUUUCCUUCCACUACUGCGUAGGUGUGAGUGUGUGUGAAUAUGUAUAAAGAUGACUGUUUAGUGUAUUCUUUUUCUGCACAUCCACAUUAGCUGUGUUCACUCCAGGACUAGUCUUUACAAGAAUCACUUUUUCAGAAUUCCUUUUGCAAUUUUCCUCUGUCACGUGUGUCUGUUCUCUUUCUCUGGCCUUAUUAAUGCACACACACA